CACACCAUCCUUCUCUGUUGCUUCUCCUCUCUGGAGACCCUCCGGCUGCACUGCAUUCAACGGAGAGCUGGAUUUUGGAUUUAUUAUUAAGAACUGAGGCUUGAGGACUUAGGAGUGAUGUGUGGGGUGUGAGAGAGACCUUUGAACUACGGACUAAACGCAGGAUUCAGUGUGCAAUAAAUUGGAAGAAGUGUCAUGGAUGCAUUAGCUUUAGAGGCAAAAGUGGCUAAGAGUGAAAGUGCUACUGCUCCAGCACCGGCACCCGCUAAACCCAGACCAAAACCCCCGAAAAAAACUAAACGGAUUGUUUAUUUUGAGGUGGAGAUACUAGACAUCAAAACCCGGGAAAAACUACUACUGCUGGAUAAGGUAGAGCCAACAGCCACUAUUUUGGACAUUAAGUCUAUGUUUCACAAAUCAAAUCCACACUGGUAUCCUGCCAGACAGUCUUUACGCCUAGACCCAAAAGGAAAACCCUUAAGAGAUGAGGAAAUCCUUCAAGAGCUCCCUGUGGGAACCACCGCAACCUUCUACUUCAGAGACCUGGGAGCCCAGAUUUCCUGGGGAACUGUGUUCCUGAUCGAGUGCAUUGGACCACUUGUCAUAUAUCUGCUGUUUUAUUUUCGACUGCCUUUAAUCUACGCUCCCAAGUACGAGUUCACCGACAGCAAGCAUUUGGUUGUGCAUAUUGCCUGUGUGUGUCAUUCCUUCCACUACAUGAAGCGAAUCGUGGAGACGUUGUUCGUCCAUCGCUUAUCCCACAGCACCAUGCCACUGCGCAACAUUUUUAAAAACUGUUCCUAUCACUGGUGCUUUGCUGCAUGGAUGGCUUAUUACAUCAAUCACCCUCUUUACACACCGCCAUAUUAUGGGGAGAAGCAGGUGAAGGCAGCGCUGGCAAUCUUUCUAUUCUGUCAACUUGGCAGCUUCUCGAUUCACAUGGCUCUGAGUAAUCUCAAACUACCUAGUUGCAAGAUUAAGAAGAUUCCUUAUCCAACCAAGAAUCCUUUUACAUGGAUAUUUGCACUUGUUUCAUGUCCAAAUUACACAUAUGAGCUGGGAUCUUGGCUCGGAUUCACACUCAUGACCCAGUGUGUCCCCGUGUUGUUCUUCACUGUGGUGGGAUUCAUACAGAUGACCGUCUGGGCCAAAGGAAAGCAUCGCAGCUACCUGAAGGAGUUCAAAGAGUAUCCCACACUGCGCUCCCCUAUCCUACCAUUCAUCCUGUAGCAGGAAAAUACAACACUAAAAAUAAGAUCAACAGAACAAAUAUAUGUCAGCGUUCUACAAGAUAUAUAUAUAUAUAAAGCAAGUCUUAAUAUAUAUUAAUGUAUGAAAUAACCAUAGUAAAUUAUGAUACUGUAAUGCAUUUGUCAAGUAAAGCCAUUCUAUUUUAAUAAUAAUAAUACAUUAAAAAAAAUUAUAUUUUAUUGUUCAUUUACAUGAAUACAAAAAAAUUAUUCACAUUUAAAGGAAAUAAAAAUAUAUACAAUUAGCAAGUACCACAACCUAGAAAUAAAAAGUGAUUCUUUUUUUUUGUCUGAGAGCUUCAGUCUUGGUGAGAUGUGAAUUAAAGGGCAAUUCUGUUCCUUUGAGGUAAAUAUAACACACUCUAUUUUUCUUUUCUUCGAAAAUGACUAAAGCCAAUUUGUACGUAGCAGAUAUUCUGACUGAUGUAUUUCCAAGUAAUGCAUCUAACAUGUCAACGAUGUUAUGCUAUUGUUCUUCUUAAGUGCAUACACUUAUGGUAAGCUUUUAUGAUAUUGGCUUGGAUGAUAUGAUAUUUUGCAUAAGAAAUUAAGUUUGGUAUUCAUUCUUGCUGAAUAAAAGUAUUAAUUAAAAAAAAAUCUUACUGACAUCAAACUUUUAAACUGUAGUGUAAUUUCUUUUUUGAUUCACAGUCAACUAUGCUUUCUAUCUCACUAUGAACGCCAAUAUGAGCGCUUCAGUCAAAGUAAAUGUACUGGCUGUGCAGUGCUGGAAUCAAAACAUCAGUAACUCACUUCAUAUCUCUGCUUGGCAGGCAAAAUGCAUAACAGAAAAGAUUGAUGCAGAUUCUGAAACUGGAAUUUAUUUCCUAACAUUGCAUGUCCAUUUCAAGACUGCAGUAAAACAUCGAACAUUUAAUUGGACAAGAACAAGGUUUAUAUAAUAUUGCGACACUAUAAAUCAUAUCUGACAAAAACAGAAGGAAAAAACACUGGUGAAUGAAAAGCUCCACCGUAGAAA